UUUUGAUCGAUUUUAGUACGAAAUUUUCGCGAAGUAGAACAAAUUAGCGAAGUAAUUAAGGAAACGCGCGAAAAGCACUCUAUUUUUCAUAUUUUCCAUUUUUUUAGUUCAUUUUCAUUCCUAACUAAUGUUGUGAUAAGAAAUCGAUUAAAAUGUAAUUAGGCGUUAUUUUUUUUGGUAUAAAAGAUGGCGAAUUUUGCAAUGUUCUUCACUCUCGUUGUAUUCCCAACAACUAAAGUAAAGUAAACUCAUUUUAAAAAGUGAUUUCGCUGAAAAAUGAUGUCAAAAACUUUCGCAUCCAUCUUGAUGAUGGUUUUUGUCGCUUUUAACUGCAACAUCCAAUCUUUGAAAGCUCAAGAAUUAACCGAGGGUAAAUGUGAGUUUGGUACGAAGUUGAAUGAAACCUGCGCCGUUCUCCUUACCUCAGUCGAUAACGUGGUCAAUUUAACCAUGCGUUUAGUUCAAGAGGUUUUGGAGGAAGCAAAUGCUUUUGUUAAAACGAUGCUUGAUUCAAUUAUAAAUAAUAGUUUAUUUGCUUUUUUCCCUAUUAUAACUGAAUUCAAAGAUAUAGUUACUAAACUCUUAACUGGAGCUGUUACGUUUGUUGAUAAAAUUACUGAAUUACUUAAAAACUUCAUCUCCAAAAUACUGGAAGUAUUGCAAAAAUUGGUUUCCAUCAUUUUGGCACUUGUCGGAUCGGCAGCAAAGGGUAUUAUAAACGUUGUUAACACUUUCAUGAAAAAUGUAAUCGACGAAUCUAAUGCAAUGAGUGCUGCUGUAGAUAUAAUUGCUGAAUGUUUUGAGGUAAAACGUCACCAUCAUAUUGUUCACAAGAAGCUAGCAGUGGCGGAUUUAGUUAAUAAAAGGAAAAAUUUGAUAAAUUGAACUGGGAAGAAAAUCAAAUUCAUAAUUAUCUAGAUAAAAUAAAAUU